UCAUACCAUUCUUCAAAUCUAUACAUAUUCUCACCAUAAAAUUCAGAUCAUUUAACUCAUUACUAUAAAAUACAUUCUUCAUUAUAAUAUACACACAUUAUAUUUCUUUUCUCAUCAUAUUUUGGUAUCAAUUUCAGACAAAUAUUUUAUUAAAGUGAGCUGAUUUGUUAAUAAGUAUAUGAUAAUUUGCGAAAUUAUUUUUCUUAAAAAACAAUCUUUUUGAGAGUCAUAUAUUCAGAAUGGAAGGUAAAAAUAUGUUAAGUUGGGAGGAGAAGACAUUGCUAAGCGAGCUCAUUCUUGGAUUCGAGGCGGCGAAAAAGCUUCAGACACGGCUCCGAGAAUCCCCGUCGCAAUCGCCGUCGUCAUCAUUUUCUUCUCCGGUGGCGGCUGAGACAAACGAGUUUCUCGUGAAGCAGAUACUUUCUUCCUACGAGAAAUCUCUUCUCAUUCUAAACUGGUCCUCCUCGCCGCCCGUACAGCUUAUUCCGUCGCCGGUUACUUCAGUCCCGGUGGCAAAUUCCGGCGGAAUCCCAGAAUCUCCGGCGUCGAUAAACGGAAGUCCGAGAAGUGAAGAUUUUGUUGAUGGAGGAGGUUCCACUGAGAAUCAUCGCCAAGAUUACAUCUUCAAUUCAAAGAAAAGGAAGAUGUUGCCAAAGUGGACAGAAAAAGUAAGAAUAAGCCCAGAAAGAGGCUUAGAAGGACCUCAAGAUGAUGUCUUUAGCUGGAGAAAAUAUGGCCAAAAAGACAUUUUGGGCGCCAAAUUCCCCAGGAGUUAUUACAGAUGCACGCACCGAAGCACACAGAACUGUUGGGCGACGAAGCAAGUCCAGAGAUCGGACGGUGAUCCAUCGGUUUUCGAAGUGACGUACAGAGGAACACACACUUGCUCGCAGGCGAUCACACCACCUCCACCACCACCAGCCUCGCCAGAGAAGCGAGACACCAGACCCAAACCCACCAUUACCCGAAAGCCCAACGAGCUUCUCGAGAGUCUCAAAACCAGCUUAACCGUUCGAACCGACGGGCUUGACGAAGGUGACGGCGUUUUCUCGUUCCCCAAUACGCCACCGUUUUAUGAUUACGGGACUAUCAACGGCGACUUCUGCCACUUGGAGAGUUCCCCGAUGUUCGACGUUGUUGAUUGGUUCAAUCCAACGGUCGAGAUCGAUCCAGCUUUCCCCACGUUUUUAACAGAGUCGACCUAUUAUUAAAAUAAAAAAAAUGUAAAAGAGAGAACUACACUAGUAAUCAUUUAGAGAAAUUACUGAGUUAAGAUAACUUGUAUCCAUUUUUUUUUUUCUUGGUUAAGAAAGUAAAUUGAGUCUAACAAAGCAUAAGGUAUGUUCAACAGGAUUUGAACAUAUUACAAAACUAAGAGAUUUUUUCUAGCUAGAGGUAGUAGCCACAGACUUCUUGUUGUAAUCUUCCAGUUCCUUCUUGUAUGCUUCCAUAGAUUUUGCAGCUUUUUUGUUGUAAA